AUGUCAGCUAAGCUGCUGGUGCUUUUCUUCCUCCUGGCAGUGUUUCAAGCCUGUUCCAGAAAGGUUGAAGAGGAUGAAUAUGAAGAUGUAACAGGCAACCAGCAAUGGGUAUUAGCUCCAAAAACGCAAGACACAGAUGCAACUCUCAUAUUAAACAAGUUGCUGAGGGAAUACGACAAAAAGCUGCGGCCAGAUAUUGGAAUAAAACCAACAGUUAUUGAUGUUGACAUUUAUGUUAACAGCAUUGGCCCAGUGUCAUCAAUAAAUAUGGAAUACCAAAUUGAUAUAUUUUUUGCUCAGACAUGGACAGACAGCCGCCUUCGUUUCAACAGCACCAUGAAAAUACUGACUCUAAACAGCAAUAUGGUUGGAUUGAUAUGGAUACCAGACACUAUCUUCCGAAAUUCUAAAACAGCAGAAGCUCAUUGGAUCACUACACCCAAUCAGCUUCUGAGAAUAUGGAAUGAUGGGAAAAUCUUGUAUACUUUAAGACUCACCAUCAAUGCAGAAUGCCAGCUGCAGCUACAUAAUUUCCCAAUGGAUGAACAUUCUUGCCCGUUGAUAUUCUCUAGUUAUGGCUAUCCUAAAGAAGAAAUGAUUUACAGAUGGAGGAAAAACUCAGUAGAGGCUGCAGACCAGAAAUCUUGGAGACUCUAUCAGUUUGACUUCAUGGGACUCAGAAAUACUUCAGAAAUUGUGAAAACCUCUGCAGGUGAUUACAUAGUCAUGACUAUAUACUUCGAUUUAAGUAGAAGAAUGGGAUACUUCACUAUUCAAACAUACAUACCCUGCAUCUUAACAGUUGUGUUAUCCUGGGUAUCAUUCUGGAUUAAAAAAGAUGCUACACCAGCAAGAACAGCACUAGGUAUUACCACUGUAUUGACCAUGACAACAUUGAGUACCAUUGCAAGAAAGUCUUUACCCCGUGUCUCCUACGUCACUGCCAUGGAUCUGUUUGUGACUGUAUGCUUUUUAUUUGUCUUUGCUGCUCUGAUGGAGUAUGCAACCCUCAACUACUACUCAAGCUGCAAGAAGCCAAACUGUACCAAGAAGAAAAAGUCGAAUCUAUCACAAUCCAAGGCAGCUUUUCAAAUGUUUUCUCUUUUUUUUCCUUCUCCCCAGAACUAUUCUGUACUUGAUAUAAGACCGCCGCCUACAGUCAUCACAUUGAACAAUGCCAUGUACUGGCAAGAAUUUGAAGACACUUGUGUCUAUGAGUGUCUGGAUGGGAAAGACUGCCAGAGCUUUUUCUGCUGUUAUGAAGAAUGUAAAUCUGGCUCAUGGAGGAGAGGACGGAUUCACAUAGACAUCUUAGAACUGGACUCCUAUUCCAGGGUCUUUUUUCCAACAUCGUUCCUGCUGUUUAACCUGGUCUACUGGGUUGGAUACCUCUAUCUUUAAGUGUUGCCGGUAGUGGUGAAGACUGCUGUGUUUUCACACUUCUUGGGAUAGUGAACAUGAAAAAGUGAAGGAGGACAUGGUCAGUUUCAUCUCAAAUUAUAGAGGCCACGU